CCGGCUGCGCGCUCCAGGCUGAGUGCGCGCCAUGGGCAGCGGCAGCAGCCGGAGCGGCCGGAUCCCGAGGCGCCGGCGCAGCCCUGACAGGCGCCAGGAGACCCCGGGAGAGACAGUCUCCGAGGCCGGCACGACUGACCAGGCCCCGACGGCCGCGGUGCAGGAGGAGACAGGCCGCGACCCCCGCCCCGCGACGCCUCCCGGCGGCCGGGAGGAGACCCUGCGCCUGCUGGACCAGUUGCUGGCCGAGUCGGAGGCCUGGGGGCCCCAGGAACCGACCCCACGAGGCCGCGCCCGCCUCCCACCCGCGGUGUCCCCAGAAAAGACGAUUAAGGACAACCCUGAAGACAGCUGUGUCUCUGAAGCCCUGGGCAGCAGCCAUAAGAGACCAGAGGGGCAGUCGGCCAUCUCCUACGAUUACUCCGAAGAGGAGCUGAUGGCCAGCAUUGAGCGGGAGUACUGUCGCUGAGCUGGCUGAACAGCCCUGGUCACCACUGACCAGGCCUUGCAGGCCUGUGAGCCGGGCUAGAGUCAGAGGGCUCCACCUUGCCCGACCUGUGACCCAGCCAGAGGGAACCACUUCUAGAAUACAGCUAUCUUUCCAAACUGAUCUUUUACAAUUCACAGUCGGAGUCCUGCC